GGAAGGGGGGGGGGGCGCCGAACCCGCCGCCCCCUCCCCGAGCGCGGAGCGGCCCCGGCGGCGCAAAAUGGCCACGGCUCUGCACAAACCGCUGAAAUGCCUGGGCGAGGAGUUCUACCGCGAGGCGCUGGAGCACUGCCGCAGCUACAACGCGCGGCUCUGCGCCGAGCGCAGCCUCCGCCUGCCCUUCCUGGACGCGCAGACCGGCGUGGCGCAGAGCAACUCCUACAUCUGGAUGGACAGCGCCCACCGGCGCCCCGGCCACUGCCCCGGCCAGCUGUACUCGUACCCCGCCCGGUGCUGGCGCAAGAAGCGGCGCCUGAACAUCCUGGAGGCGCCGAGGCUGCGGCCGUACCUGGAGGCGCCGCUGCGCAGGGAGGGGGCCUCUGCCCGAGGGGGCCGGUGCUGGAGGCGCUGCUGAGCGCCGAGACCCCCGAGACCCCCGAGAGGCCCCCGAGCCGCCGAAGGCGCCCCCGGCCGAGUUCCCGG